AUGUCUUGCUACGACCUCUGCUCCACCUCUGCCUGUGGCGUCAGCCGCCCCCAGCCCCUCGCUGACAGCUGAAACGAACCGUGUGUUAAUCCACCCGACACCCCCACUCUGCUCCCGCCACCCCCAGUUGUCGUCACCUUCCCCGGCCCCAUCCUCAGCUCCUUCCCCCAGGAUUCAGUUGUGGGAUCCUCUGGAGCCCCUGUCCUUGGGGGCUACGGGGUCUAUGGGAGCUACGGCUCCCUGGGCUAUGGGCUGGGUUAUGGCUACGGGGGCUACGGCUCUCUGGGCUACAGGGGCCUGUAUGGCUACGGAGGCUCUUUUGGUUAUGGGGGCCUGUAUGGUAGACCCUACGGUUUUGGUUAUUGCAGCCCUUACUCUUCCUGGUAUGGCAGGUACGGCCGUGGCAGCUGCUGGCCCUGCUAA